AUGUCUACCAUAACAGGAAGAGAGGACUCCCCGGACGAGAAGCCCAAAGUCAAGAUUUUAGCUCCGGCUUUUGGAAUCGACAAAGCGCGGCUGAAUGGAUCUGGGUUUAGAUCGAAAGGUUUUGCGAUCACCGACCUUCUGGGUCUUGAGACUGAAUUGCAGCCCCAUCAGGCAGGACCCGGAGUUGGUGGCCACGGGGACGGUCCGAGUGCAGGAAUUGGGGGCUUCUCUUUUGCCGGGGGCUCCUUGCCCCUUGGCUUGGGUUUCCUCUGCAGUUUAGCGGCACAGCAACCUCCUGGGGCACCCUGUUUUCUUCCGAGCCACAUACCCCUUCUUCAGUCCAGGACAGAGAGUCAUUUUAUGCAGAAUUUGGAGCAGCAAAGGGAUAACUAUUCUGAUGACGACUGUCUUUCUGGAGAUCGAAACGAUGCAAAAAAUUCAGGAAAUUCACAGAAGAGAAAAAAGAGGAGGCACAGGACCGUAUUCACGUCCCAUCAGCUAGAGGAACUCGAAAAGGCCUUCCAUGAGGCACAUUAUCCAGAUGUUUACGCGAGAGAAAUGCUCGCGAUGAAGACGGAAUUACCUGAGGACAGAAUACAGGUGUGGUUCCAGAACCGUCGGGCCAAGUGGCGGAAGCGCGAGAAGUGUUGGGGCCGCAGCAGCGUGAUGGCGGAGUACGGGCUUUACGGCGCCAUGGUUCGGCACUCCAUCCCGCUCCCAGAGUCAAUCAUCAACUCCGCCAAGAGCGGCAUGAUGGGCUCCUGCGCUCCCUGGCUUCUAGGUGAGCCAGCAGGCAUGCACAAGAAGUCAAUGGACGUAGUGAAGAAGCCCCCGGGCACACCGGAGUCCACUCACUCAGACUCGUAUUCAGAGGAAACAAAGGUGAAGGACAGCGACAUCGCGUGGGUAAACCGCGCCAGCACAACGGACGAUUCGGAGGACAUGGCGAUUGACCUAUCCAGCACUUCCAAGCAGGAGAGCAAAAGCACUUUGAAAGCCGCGCCACUCCCCAGGGAUUCCAACAGCGAUUCUGAAAAUGACAGUUAAACGGGCGUAGAAGAACGCGACCUCGGACAAUAUCGUGGAUAAUGCGCGGAGAGUGAAAAAAGAACAAUGUAAAUGAGACCCGUGCAACGUUCACAUCGAGUUUUUAGGAGCGUGCAUGUCUUCCUAUUUUCAAUUAUGUCAUAAUUGUAUGUGAAAAAACGAGUGCAUAAUGUUAAA